AUGGCCCAGAAACCUCUCAGCACGGCUGCGGCCGAGCGCAUGAACCUCGUGGCGCAGGACGAGAUCUGGAAAUACCGCCUGAAGGCUGAAGGUGAAGCACGGCAAAACUGGGCUCAGAACUGGGGAUUUUUAACAACCCCUGUCGAGGAGUUGCUCAAGGGUGAAGAGGAACCCCCCACCCUAAAGCCCAAAAUCGAGCUUCCCCAGCGGUUCCGCAUCCGGCCAGUGACCCCAGUGGAGAAGUACAUCAAGGUCCUUCCAUCCCCUCCAGUCCCGAAGACGACCCAGGGCUUCAUCGGCUGGAGAUCCGGGGUGCCGAACCUGAACAAGGGUCUGGAGCACGAUUGUGAGAUCAGGAGCUGCAAGGGGGCAUAUGCCAAAGAGCUAGGCUGGCCGAAGCAAGGCAUCCACUGA